AUGGAGGGCAACUCGUCCAAGCAGGGACCAGGAGAUGGAGACGGCGACCUCACCAAUUACCGCGGCGUGCGCCGGCGCCCAUGGGGCAAGUUCGCCGCCGAGAUCCGCGACUCCAGUCGCCACGGCGUCCGCGUCUGGCUGGGCACCUUCGACACCGCCGAGGAGGCCGCCAGGGCCUACGACCGUGCCGCCUACUCCAUGCGCGGCGCCAACGCCGUCCUCAACUUCCCCGGAGACGCGCAUGUCUACGCUCGGGGCUCCUCCUCUUCCUCCUCCUCCUCCUCCUCCUCGAGGCAGCAGCAGCAGCAGCACGGCGGCGGCAGGGACGUGAUCGAGUUCGAGUACCUCGACGACGAGGUGCUGCAGGAGAUGCUCAGGGACCACGACGAAUCACCCGCGCGCAAGAAGAAGUAG